AUGAGUACUAAAAAUUUAGAAUAAAUAAGAUUAAAUGCUGUCUAAUUAAUAGAUGAAGGUAGAUAUUGAUAAAUAUUCUAUAGGGAAAUAUCAAUUUAUGAAUGGUGAUUAAUUUUCCAUAAAGAAAAACGGAUUUGAAUUAAUGAAAUAAGGAUGUUAGGAACUAUGCAAAUAUGCAAAAACAGAAAUUAAUUAGGAAUACAUAAAUUUAGCAAAAGAAAAGCUAUCAUUGUAUUGCGAUGAACUUAAUUAAAUGAAAUAAUACUUAGCUCCUUUUGAGGAAAAACAAAAUGAGGAAUAGAAUAAAAUAUAAAAUGAAUAGAAUAAAAAAGAAGAUUAAAAUUAAAAAAAAUAAAUUUUAAAAGAUAAUAAUAGUAUUUAUAAAAUAAAUUUAAGUUGA